CCCACCCACUUGAAAAGUCCCAUCUCCAAAUUACUAAUAAGAAAAUCAAAACAAAAACAUAAUUCCAGAUGGUAAACAUGAAGGAAGAGCAAAGCUCUAUGUCUAUGUUUGCCGAGGAUAUCCUGAGGGAAUACGGCUCCUUCAUAUCGGACCACGAUGGGAAACUAAAGCUUUUGCGUGAUAAAGUGCCUAACUCGGAUGUCUUGGAGCCCACAACGUGCGUAAGCAUGUCGCCCGUGAUAGAGGUCAACUUUGUGGGCAAGCUCACCAAGAUUCCGCAGAGGAGCUUCGAGGAAUCGGAGCUUGCAGCGAAUAAACCGCUGACAACGCUGGCGAAUCUGUGCAACCAGUGCCGGAACCUCUCCCGGAAGGCCAAGAGGUUCCAGCUGGCCUUUCUGUUCAGCGACUUUCGGUUGGAUGAUGCGCCGGCGGAGGGCUCCAACCUGGAGGGAUCCCUGGUCCGCAUGAGCAGCUCCAUGGACUUCUUUUGCCAGGUUUACUUCUUGCUCAAACGCAUGAUUGUGAUAAUCCAGAACAUGUGGAGGCAACUGGCCGCCUCCGUCUGCGUGCCGGCGGAUGUUACCGAGGUCCAUAUAUUCGCUGUUUUUGAUGCCAUGACUGAGGUACUGGAGCACAUAGUGGUUUUCAAUGAGCUGGCGAGCCAGUCGAAGAUCUUCACCAUGUGGGCGUUCUACAAGAAGUGGCUGCUUAACCUGUCCAACAGUCAAGCCGAGAACUUGGAGCUCCACAACCUCAGCACCUCGCUGGUGGACAUAGAAGGUCUGAUGACCAAGGAUUUCUUUAGGAUUCUUCUAGAUAACCUAAUGGAACUGAAGAGGGAAUUCAAUCUGAACGUCGUCAACCACAUCACCCAACAUUCCAAUGCCUAUAUACGCAAGUUGCUCCUGGCUAUCGAUGCGAGCCAGAGCAACGAGUACCGGAACUACGAGGAGCCCAGGCACAUCAUUCGCCUGACUGCCUUUGUGGCGCUGGUGCAUGAGUUUGGCAUCCAGCUGGAGGGAAAGCUGGUCAAGAGCCUUGUGGACUCGGUGACCAGGCACAGGCAGGUGCCCCUCAACCGAAGUGUCUUCUGGUCGCCCUCCGCCUUCCUCUCGCAACACGCCAAGAGCCUGAUGAAGGCACCAGCGGCCCGAUCCCAAGAUGUACAUGGUCAUGGGCCGAAGAUCCACAGCACAGUGCUGGAGAAGCUCAGGCUGGGCGACCAGAAGAGCUGCCGCCAGUUGGGCACCCAAAUAUCAGUGUGGUCCAUCCGAAUGCAAAGGGUCUUCGAUGUGGGAGUCUUCGGGCAUCUCAAGACCUUCUCGCAGCUCAUCCUCAGUGGCCACGACUAUGCCGAGCAAGUCAGCCACCUGGCCGUCUCGCUGAUCAACCGCCAUGUGGCUCUGAUGACGCCGCUGACCAAGGCGGACUGGUUCCUUGUCUGCCGCUUGCUACAGUACCUGAACGCUCUGCAGAGGACCUUCGAGGCGAACCAAAUCAACUUUGUGCGCUUCAUCAGCUCGCUGAUUCAGUGGCAGAAGCAAAAGGUCCUGCACCUGCUGCACACCACCAAGAAGAAGAUCGUGGACCUGAAGUUGCUGCAGCGCAAGAUGAACUUCCUGUCCACCAUGAAGCUGGCCGAGAGGUCGAUAAUGGGCUUUCCGAGCAGGCAGCGCUUGACCUUCAUAAAUCUAGCCCUGGGCGAGUUUCUGGACAAUCGCCUGCUGCCCGCCGACAACCAGAAGCUGAUCCGGUCGAUUCUCUCGCGAGCUAACAAUAUCAGCAACUUUAUGCGCGAUAUAAGAGGGCAGCUGGACUCGUCGGAUGCCUCGCGGCUGGUCUACAGCUACUGGUUCCUCAGCACUUCGGUGCUCAAGGAGUUCACCGAGCAGCAGCGCAAUCCGUACUCGCUGCAGAACAUAGUGUCAGCCAGCCAGCAUCUGGACAAGAUCAUGGCCACCUUUAGGGGCUCCAGCUCCGGCAGCACCAAGCAAUCGGCCAAUGACUUGAUAAUUGAGUUUCUGAGCAACCACCUGGAGUUCUUUCUGCGGGUGGAGGCCCUGUCGCACCUGUUCCAGAACCAGGUCCAACCAUUCCAGCAAAGUGCCUUAGACUAUCGCCUCUGCAUCAAGGCGGCGGCCUUCGAAAGCGGCGGUGACUAUAGUAUUAUAAGAGACAACCUGGAGAACUACUUUACUGCCACGUUCUACAACCUCACGACCAUUGCCCCGCACGACUGGAAGUCGUACGAGAAGAUGCGUCACCUGGCCAACAAGGUCCUGCAGCUGCGUCCCAUCGACGAUCACCUGCCCAACCAGAUAAUUGACCAGGGCAUAGAUGUGCUGCAGAUCAUGCGCAAUAUCCACACCUUCGCCUCCUCGUACGCCUACAACAUGAACCUGCAGCUGUUCGUGGAGACGCACAGCAGGAGCAAGCACCUGGACAUCAUUGGCACCCGGCACGUGGCCAACUCGGUGCAGACGCACGGCACGGGCAUCAUCAACACCACCGUCAACUUCAUCUACCAGUUCCUGCGCCAGAAGUUCUACACCUUCUCCACCUUCCUGCACGACGAGCAGAUCAAGUCGCGGCUGCUCAAGGAGCUGCGCUUCCACUCGGAGCACAAGCACAGCAAGCCCUACCAGUCGUACCCCUACGAGCGGGCCGACAGCUUCCUCAAGAAGAUCAGGAAGCUGGGCUGCUCCAGCAACGGCGAGACCUACAUGGACCUGUUCAGGAAGGUCAUCACCCAAGUCGGCAACGCCGUGGGCUACGUGCGCCUCCUGCAGGCGGGGAGCAAGAACGCCAACUUCCGGAGCCGCUCGUACAAGACCAGGUUCGACAGCAGCCUCGGUUCCGGGGGAUCCAAGGUGCACGCCGCCACGGAGGGCUCCAUCAGGGAGUACGAGAAGAGCCUGGGGCACAUGAAGGAGUGCUACUCGGACAGCACAAACUACUUCAAGCUCCUCCUGCAGGGAUUCCAGCCCUUCCUGUGCAACCCGCACAACCACCACCUGCGCACCUUCUACCUCAUCACGCCGGCGCUCAUCAUGAACUACAUCGACCACCGGGUCAGGCAGAAGCUGAAGAUCCACAAGAAGGACCUGGCCCGGAUCUCGCUGUUCGAGGACGGCUUCGCCAUCGGCCUGGUCUACAUCCUCAGCAUGCUGAACCAGCAGGCCGAGUUCCACGAGCUCGGCUGGAGCCAGACGACCAGCCAGCACCUCGGCGCGGAGCGCGCCAAGGUGCGCGACGUCCUGGCGCGCCAGCAGGGCGCCGCGGAGGAGCGGCUGGACGAGAAGCUGCUCCAGACGCUGGCCAUAACCGAACGACACGUGAACGCCUACGAGCACGAGUACAGUCUGCUGUACGCCACCCUGAGCAGCUCCGAAAUAUUCUUCCAAUAAAAAAACACUGCGGACUCAGUA